AUGCCGUCUCUCGUCCCCGACUCUGGUGACAAUGCGCCAUCCUCGAAUCACAUCUUCUGGUCAACCACUGACAUUCCGCCCUCCUCAGAUGUCAUCCUCCAGAUCAACGCCAUCAUCUCCGGUACACCUCUCGCUCCCGUCCGGUACCUCACCGACAUAACUCCAUCUCUCCUCCUUGACCUCUACGAACUUCUCUUCCAUCUUAAACUUCCCUAUGCUACCCCACGAGACCACUCCCCGGAGUCGCAAUUGCGCAACAUCCGGAUCUUGAUCGGUCAUAUCGCUCACGAUAUCCUCAAGAUGGAUCUGUCGUUCUUGGAACCUCAUAAGAUUAUCAAUGGCGACGAUAAGGCUUUACGGGAUUUCAUGAGGAUAUUUCUCGGGGUUACGAAACUUAGGAAGGCGUACCUUGAGAAGAGGGAGAGAUACCGACAACAGCAGGUGGCCGGAGCGACGAGUACGGUACGGGGUAAUGGUGUGAGAUGGGCAGGAGGCGAUCAUGGUGUAGAAGAGGAAGAGGAAGAGGAAGAGGAAGAGGAAGAGGGGGGAGAGCGCUCAGUGGAUGGCUCGGAACAUACUGUUCGUGCGACAAAGGACAGUCUCCCAAAUAAACAUCACGAAAGUAUUCUCAAAAAUCCGGUCGUUACACCCAGAAGGGCUAUUACAGCUAUCAAAAGGACACCUUCGACGAAAGCCUCUACAAAUGACACUUAUACACCUUCGGUAUAUAGGCCUCGUCGGGUCUCCAUUACCGAAAACGAAGCCCCUCCUCUUCCUGCCCGCUCGGAAACUAGUUCGAUCCCUUCGAACUUUAUUCAGAAUUCCAACGAGCGAAUCAGCAAUAUCUGGAGCAGGUUGAAUACUAUCGGUAGUAAUGGCUAUCCUUCGGACAGAAGCUUAGAGCGCUUGUCCGCUCACCCCCCUCGGAAACCCCUCUCAACUAUCGUUCAGGAUCCAAAUCUACCAGCCUACGAUAAUCGAGCCCACAAUGUUCAAACUACUCCAUCUAAACAUCGACCCCAACUUUCUCUUGCAGAACCUGGGCCUUACCUCAAAGCCUGGUUGGACACCACCGGCACCGAGAUUUCAACAUCAAGUCAUCAACCCCGCUCCAACCAAACUACACCCGAAAAACGGCCACCUAACCAUAAUAUCCUUCCGCCGCUACCAGAAUCACCAUCCAAUGACUUCCCUACGAAACGGCCAAGCUCCUCCCGGAAUCCCCGUCGCACUUCCCAAAGACCAACAUUCCCUCUCCGCAGGGCAUCUUCCGACCCUACAUCUGGAGCGCUAGGUAUCGACAUAUCGAAAGCAAUGUUUUCAAAUUCGCCGAUUAGAAUAUCAGGUCAUGCGGCAAGGCAUCAUGAAAGUGAUAGCUCAUGGGAGGAGGGUGGACUAGAAGACGAUGAUACAUCAGAGAUUCAUUCCCCGACAUCAUCAAUUGCUACCUCUGCAUUAUCAGUGAGUUCAGUGGAAUGGAGCGAUACGGCUAGCAUCAAAGAGCUUCGACAGAAGCGACUGGAGGCGCUCGAAGACAUCAAGAUGGAACAGGAGGCAGCUAUGACACCCGUCAAACCUCAACAUCAACAAGAAGGAGACGAUACUACGACACCUGUAUCAGACGGAUCUCGAAAACAAAUAGUACAAGGACAUGGGAGGCGGAGGAGCUCUAUCCCUUCGGAAUUUAUGCAUAAUGGGAAUAAUAGCGCUGGAAAAUCAACGGUUUCUUAUGAGACAAUAUCACCAAAUUCAUCUGCGUCGAUGUGGAGGGCGAAACGAAGGGAUGAGGAAAUGCCACCGAUGCAACCUGUUACGGCCGAGGGAUCGCCAAUACCAAAGAGGAGUUUACGUGGACUUCAGAGAUAUAGAAAUGAUUAUGAUGAUGAAGAAGAUGAAGAAGGGUAUAGGGCUGGUCCCGAUGAUACGUUCACGACUAGGAAUACUGCCGAUCUGGAAUUGGAGUUAAAGGGAUUGGACGCCCAGGGGUUAAGUGAGAGUAAACGUCAAAUAAUGCUGUUUGAACGGUUGAUUAGAAGGGCAGUGGAUAAGAAGAUUCCGGGGUUGAAGGAGGAAGGUAGGACGAGGAGAGUAGUUGGAGAGGAAGGUGGUAGACAGGUGGCUAAGUAA